AUGAGUGAAGGAAAAACACUUCCAACACAAGGAAAUACAAGAACAAUGAACAUCGAUUCUAUUUUAUUUACAAAUAUUACUCAUUCUGAUUAUAUGUUUAAAACUUUAGGUUCAAUUCAUUCAAUUUCAGACCUUAUUGAUAUUAUUAUAAAUGAUGUUCAUUACAUAAGCCCAUAUAUCCAAAAAUCCAGUUCAUCUCCUUCAACCGCUUUUUGUGUUUUAUUAAGAUUAUUUCAAUUAAAUCCAACACCAGAUGACAUCAGAAUGAUGAGUACUCAUUCAAACAAAUAUGUUAGGUGUAUUGCUGCAUUAAUAAUACGUUACAGUAUACAAUUCAAUUUAUUACUCUCAUACCUUAAACCGUUUGUUGAUGAUCGUGCUGUUGUUAACAUAUCUCUUCAUGGAGAAAAAACAAAACAAAUAAAAUGUUUAGUUAAAGACUUAAUUCUUGAACCAAAAUUCGAGGGGUGUAUUCUUCCGCGAAUUCCUCAAGUUUAUUACAAACCUCUUUUAGAAUUUUUUAAAGGAACUUCUCAGCCUAAUUCUCAUGAACUUGAUGAAGACAGUCUUACUUCAUUUAGUGAUCUUAAAAAGUUUGUUCAAUAUUCUGACCAUCACCAACGUGAGCAUUCAAGACCUCCAACUUCAAAUUUAAGAUAUUCUCGUUCCUGUAGACAAAGAAGUAGUUAUAGAGAACGAAGUCGUUCUGAUUCACGUGAGCGACGAAAAAAUUAUUAUGAAGAGAGAAGAUAUGAUUCAAGAAAAAAUUAA